AUGGCCACAAGAGCCUCGCUGAGGCCAUGGCUUAACACACGCCUUCCGUAUGCAUCGUCGUCUUCCCCUUCAGAUCGGCCCUACAUCCGCUCAUCGGUGUCCUCUGCCCGAAUCUGGCGGUCAUGGGCAGAGCCGUCUCAGGCAGGCCCCUCCAAGUAUGCGACAUCAGCGGCAGGUGGAAGUGCCUAUUCCACUGCUGUCGGGUCGCCGAGGCACACCGACCAGUCUGGGACCAAUGCACCUUACCACGAAAGUCUAAGAAGGCCAGCAAAAGCCCAGACAUCUCGCACGCAGAAGCAGGGCUUGAAGCUGCCGUCCACUUCUACCGGAGAGAAGUCUGAAGAGGCACCUCGCAAUCCUCUCGGAGUCCAGCUUUUAGCGCCUGGCUUCUCGGCUCAGAUCUUUCCUCCGACAUCCGACCCUCCCCCGCCUCUUCAUUCGCACGCGGUUUCGCUUUCCCAUGCUCAUCUAGCAUCUCAUGGUUUGUCUCCAUCACAGGGCUCAAAGCUCAAAUCCACCGACUUUCCACUACCUCCUCUGCAAGGCAGAGAUCUAGGGGAGCACUUCUGGAAUCUAGGAAGGGAAGCAGCUCAGCCAUGGCUCAGCCUCUCAGAGGAUCUGGCCGGGGCUGCGCUACUUGAACCGCCUAGCGAGCUAGCCACAAGUCAAGAGAGACUAGCAGAAGUCGACGAUGAUGGGCGGCCUUCGCCUUCUCAUUGGGUUUCGAUGGACGCCUCUUUGCGGGCGAUGAUGGAUCCACGGGCUGCGCAGUGGCUUCGUCGCUCGGGGUGGACCAAGUAUCCAGUCUUGACUUCUGCCGACGGCAGAGACUCGAUCCUUGGAGAAGGUGAGGCAGUACCCUACCCUGAUCCGAGUGACGGCGCUUUGGUCUUCGAUGUCGAGACAAUGGUCACAGCUGGGCCGUACUCUGUCAUGGCUUGCGCUGCAGGGCCCAAAGCUUGGUAUUCUUGGAUCAGCCCCUGGCUGUUGGGAGAGACCGAUCGGAAGGAUCAGCUCAUACCUUUCGGGGGAGAUGGAAAGGAGAGACUCCUCGUUGGACACAACGUUAGCUAUGAUCGCGCAAGAAUUCGCGACGAGUACCGGCUGCGUCAGUCAAAUAUACGCUUUCUUGAUACUUUGUCCCUCCACGUUGCCGUAAGAGGCAUGUCAUCUCCGCAACGACCGGCCUGGAUACAGCAUCGCAAGAAUCGUGCACAAAAGGCUGCUGAAAAGCUUCUUAACGAUCAGCAAUUACGAGACGAACAACGGCAAGAGCUUCUGAAGCUGUUGGGCGGCGAGGAAGUUGAUGCGACCGGACUGGGGAGCUUGGGCGAUCUAGGUCUGGAUCUUGAAGCCCUUUGGGACAUGCAUUCUCCGACCGACUCAGUCAUGCCCUUGCCACUGUCAGCAGACGGAGAAGUCACCAGUUUCAAGGACAGCGAUGUUGGCUCCACAGGGCAAUUGCAGUGGCAGGACAUCAGCUCGACGAAUUCGCUCGCCGAUGUCGCGUCGCUAUAUUGUGAUAUUCAGCUGCCGAAAGAGCUGCGCAACAUCUUUGUCGAUGCCAAGGAUAGGCGCGAAAUCCUCGACGAACUGAAUAAUCUGCUCAAUUAUUGCGCCAGAGACGUCUCUGUCACACAUGCUGUGUUCUCAAAAGUCCUCCCGGCUUUCAGAGAGACAUGCCCUCAUCCAGCCACCUUUGCAGGUGUUUUGGCUCUUGGCAGUCCCAUUCUGCCUGUAGACGAUGAGUGGGUCCAGUACCAAGAGAGAUGUCAACAGAAGUACGAAGACGCUCUGAAAGGUGUCAGGAUAGCACUCAUUGAGCUGGCCGAGGGACUGCGAAUGACACACUCAGUGAAAUGUGAAGAAGGGGAGCCCAAAUGGUGGACGACCGACCCUUGGCUGUCUCAACUCGACUGGACACCUAAGAAGCCCAAGAAAGUCAAGCUCUCCCCUGAUAAAGACGAUGACGAGUCAGACAAAGUGCCGCGGUGGUAUCGUGAUCUUGUCCUCGGACCUCGACCUCCUUCGACAGCACAAGGCACAGCUGCUGAGAUGCUACUGCUGACGCUCGACGGCCAACCGAUUGUUAAGCAAGAUGGGAAAUGGUUUGCGGGUGCUGAGCUACUGCCGUCAAUGCCCACUAGCAAGCAAUUCCUCUUGAGCGACGCGGGAAGAACGGUACGAUCAGCGUUGGGAGAAGAGGGAGAAGCUGUUCUGACGGCAGUUCGCGAGAAGCUUCCCAAAGCCGAAGUCUCAGAAAGACUGCGAGCCGCAGCUGAGCUUGUUCUUGCACAGUCGGGCUCAAACAGCUCUCUCCGAACCAAAUUGGACGCUCUGGAUUGGACAACUGUUCACGCUCCUGUGCCGGAGGACGAGGCGAGCACAACAUCUGGCAGCGAAGAGGUCACCUGGCCCAAAUGGUAUUGGGACCUGUUCAAAUCUGCCACCGGUCUGCUGGAGCUUACGAUCCGAACUAAAAUUGCUCCGCUGCUGCUCAAAGUCUCGUGGCGAGGCUGUCCCCUCUACCACAGCCGAGAGCACGGAUGGAUCUAUCAGCAUCGGAUCAGUGAGAACACAGACUUCUCGACUCGGCAAAAACCACUCGUCUUCAAGCAUGAAGCAGAUUCAGCACUCCAGGAGAUGUCGGCAGAUGUCAAGGCUGCCAACUCUGUGCAAUUCUACAAAGUUCCUCAUUCGGCUGGCGACGAUGCUAAUGUCGGAAGUCCCUUCAGCAAAAGCUUCGUUGGUUACUUCGAAGACCAAACACUUCGUAGUGAGCACCCUGACGCAAUGGGCAAACAGACUGCCAAGGACGCUCUAGAGCUGAAUGCUCAGUGUAGCUACUGGGUUGGUGUGAGGGAUCGAGUGGCCAAUCAAAUGGUCGUAUGGGAGGGCGAAGGCGACUCAGCUAUGGGCAUCGAGCCUGGCACCAGCGGGAUGAGGAUCGGUGAGGCCGAGGCUGCUAGACAAAAGGGCCUCAUCCUGCCUCAGAUCAUUACAAUGGGCACCAUCACACGUCGCGCUAUCGAGAAGACCUGGCUGACAGCUUCCAAUGCGAAGAAGAACCGAGUCGGAUCAGAGCUGAAAGCAAUGGUGAAGGCACCCCCCGGCUGGGUCAUCGUGGGCGCCGAUGUAGACUCUGAGGAGCUUUGGAUCUGUUCGGUCAUGGGAGACGCACAAUUCGGCCUCCAUGGUGCGACAGCUGUUGGCUGGAUGACGCUAGAGGGCACAAAAUCUGCCGGGACGGAUCUUCAUAGCAAGACGGCUAGCAUCUUGGGGACUUCUCGCAAUCAAGCCAAGAUCUUCAAUUAUUCCCGCAUCUACGGUGCCGGCAUUCGUCACGCUACUCAGCUACUGCUAAAGGCCAAUCCCGCGAUGCUUAGAGGAGAAGCCACUCGCCUUGCAAAGGAACUCUACGCUACGACCAAAGGCAACAACACCCACUCUGCCGACAGCUUUGGACGCAAGUUCUGGUUUGGUGGGACGGAGAGCUUCGUCUUCAACAAGCUUGAAGAUGUUGCACUAAGUGAGAGACCUCGAACACCCGCGCUGGACUGCGGAAUCACAGCUGCCUUGUCACGCAAAUUUCUUCCCAAGGCACAAUUCGGUAACGGUCGAUUUGGUGAAGACUUCAUGCCCAGCCGCAUCAACUGGGUCGUUCAGUCAAGUGGUGUGGAUUAUCUCCAUCUCCUGGUGACCUCCAUGAAUCAUCUGUGUAAACAUUACGACAUCGCAGCAAGAUUCAUGCUGAGUGUUCACGACGAGGUGCGGUACCUCGCAGAGGAGAAGGAUGCGCACCGAGCAGCGUUGGCGUUGCAGAUUGCAAAUCUCUGGACCCGAGCUAUGUUCGCUUACAAGCUCCAGAUGGAGGAUCUGCCCGAGGGCGUUGCAUGGUUUGCUCAAGUGGACAUCGACAAGGUCUUGCGGAAAGAAGUUGACGACCCUUGUGUCACUCCUAGCCAGCCUGAGCCUAUCCCUCAUGGCAAGGCAUACGAGAUUGCCGAAACGCUGGACCUCACUCAUGGCGGGUCGCUAUACAAAGACGGCAGGCCUAUGGGGUCUGAGGGGCGCCGAGCUGGCUUAGAGACAGGAGCUUAUCCGCCUUACGUUCCCUCGGACCAGAAGCAUCGCUCGCUAGGCGAGCGAGGAAUGCUCUUCCUCCAAGCUCAGGCUUCUGGCGAUAUCCACGAGAUUCGCGCUUUGGAACGUCGAGCACAAGGCCUGGAAUCGAGAUCAGCAGAGAGCGGUGAUGUGAUGAGACCUACUCAGGCAGAUUUGAUUGACGUGAGCUCGAAACGAGGUGGCAAAGCAGAGGCCAAGAAGCGAACAUAUCAGAAAAAGACAUCGCAACCUAUGCCUAGAAGAGCUGCCCCCCCUCUUCAAUCGUCGUCAAAGGCAAGUCUCGAUCGGAAGGAGGCGUCUUCUGCUCGCCUGGCACAAGGCUCGGUGAGAUAUUCAUCGACAAGUGCCCAUGAGGUUGUUGCAAGCUCCCUGUUGGAGUUAGCACACGCAAUCCCGGUGCGAAGACGAGCCCCGAUAAUUGUGGAAGACAGUGGGCGCUACUGGGAGUUGCCUGGCUACUCCAGCUACGUUCGAUGGCAGCUUUACCGUCAGCUACUUCGCAAUUACCCAAAGCGCUAUAGGCGUCAUCUGAGACGGGCGAUCCGUAGCCGAUUCCGGUUGUUGAGCGGUCAUGAUACCUCUGCAGCAACCGCUCUACGCAAUAUAGAGCGUGCUGAGACUUUGUUGAGAUUGUUCAAAGCCGCUAAUGCUCGGCAGGACGGAGCGCGGGAAGCACUGCACAAGCUGACUGCUGAGCGCGAAGAGCGUUAUCGUCUGUUCAAGGAAGGCCUGGCAAGGCAUGCGGCCAAGGGGACUGGACGGCGUCCGCACAUUCUCACUGGAUCCCUUCUGCGACCCCACACCUCCCACGGACCUCUACUACGCGUCAAGCCUCCUCAGCCCAAGAUCUCGAUGAUGAUCCUUCACCGACGUCUGGGCCGCACUCGCCGCAUCCACCGUGGCUAUGAGCUCUUGGCAGAAAAGGACAUGUUGUCGCAAGAAGGCAACUUCUACAAGGGUCUGCUGUCACAAGUUCUUGAGCCGCGCAAGCGAGAAAACGUCGACAGGCCCCAACUUCCUCGCCAGUCAGGCCGGCCAGUGUACAAGCCUCGCACCGUGCAGCGGGCGGAGGCAGCUGCUGCAAGACAGAUACGGAUUGCCAAAAAGAAGGAGCGAUCCGACCUCCUGGACGAUCUCAACAAGUUCGGACCAGGCUUCACUUGGUACGGUCCCAUCUCGGAUUGGCAGAAGGAACAGACACAGAGCUUCAAGCGCGACUCGGAAAGAGCCAAUGCUCAGUACACGCCGGAGAUGUUGAUGAAGGCAAAGGCAGCUAGACGAACUCACCAUGCGUACUUGACUAUGAAGGCGGAGAAGCGGAGGCAGCAGAAGGCAGCAGCUAAUGUCAAGGAGACGACGACAGGGCAAGCUUGA